AUGGGCGUGUCCACGUUGGAGCCAGGGAGGGAGGCGCCAUCCAGACGACCGGCGUGUGCAUUUGGCAAGCUCAACUACUUUGCGGGCAAGAAGGCGGCGCAGCGCGGCAAGGACGCCCUCUUCCCCGACGUCGACUUUUGCGCCAACCCGGGCGCGAUCUGCCAGCCCGAGUACCCGGAGCUGCGCUGGUUCUCGGGCCUGAACGACGUGCAGCCGUACGACGUGCGCGGCGAAAGGUACCUCGACGUCCUCCAGGCCUGGGUGGACAACGGGAUGGACCCGAGCGACCACAGCCUCGUCGACUUUGCGUCCGGCGUCGUCAACCGCGGCUGCCACGACGCGCCGUUCGAGGGCGUCGGCGGCGCCGAUCCGUGCGGCAACGGCGAGAUCCACGCCUGGGAAGAGCGACGCCUGAACUUCAAGCACAUCUGGGGCGUGCUGAGCCCGCUGCUGCCGACGCGCCGCCGCUCCCUGCUCCUCUCGUGA